GGGGGCGGGGAGGGAGAAGGGGAGGCGGCUCCGCAUAAAGCGGGACUCCCGGCUCUUUGCCUGCGAGGGUUUUGCGCGUGCGCGUGAGAGGGAGACAGCGAGCGCGCGAGGGAAGGAGUGCGCGCGUGCGUGUGCCCUCUCUGGAUACAGGUUGCAGUUGUUGAAUAUUUCCAUUAUGAUGGCACAGAGGACAGGACAAGAAGACCCUGAGAGAUACCUCUUUGUGGACAGGGCAGUUAUUUACAACCCUGCCACCCAGGCUGACUGGACUGCUAAAAAACUGGUGUGGAUACCUUCAGAACGUCAUGGCUUUGAAGCUGCUAGUAUCAAAGAGGAGCGGGGAGAUGAAGUGCUGGUUGAACUGGCUGAAAAUGGAAAGAAAGCAGUUGUCAACAAAGAUGAUAUUCAAAAGAUGAAUCCCCCCAAAUUUUCUAAAGUUGAAGACAUGGCAGAAUUGACCUGUUUAAAUGAAGCCUCUGUUCUGCAUAAUCUGAAGGACCGAUACUAUUCUGGGCUCAUCUAUACAUACUCUGGACUCUUCUGCGUAGUCAUAAAUCCUUACAAGAAUCUUCCAAUUUAUUCCGAAAAUAUUAUUGAAAUGUACAGGGGAAAGAAGCGUCAUGAGAUGCCUCCACACAUUUACGCAAUAUCUGAAUCUGCAUAUCGAUGCAUGUUGCAAGAUCGAGAGGACCAAUCCAUUCUUUGCACAGGUGAAUCGGGUGCUGGAAAAACAGAGAAUACCAAGAAAGUAAUUCAAUAUCUUGCACAUGUUGCCUCCUCACAUAAAGGAAGAAAGGACCACAAUAUUCCUCCCGAGUCACCUAAACCAGUGAAGCACCAGAGUGGAUCCCUGUUGUAUGGUGAAUUGGAACGUCAGCUUCUACAGGCCAACCCCAUUUUGGAAUCCUUUGGGAACGCAAAGACUGUAAAAAAUGACAAUUCCUCCCGUUUUGGCAAAUUCAUCAGAAUAAAUUUUGAUGUUACUGGUUAUAUUGUUGGGGCCAAUAUUGAAACAUACUUAUUAGAAAAAUCUCGUGCUGUUCGUCAAGCCAAAGAUGAACGGACCUUUCAUAUCUUCUACCAGCUACUAGCUGGGGCAGGUGAACACUUGAAAGCCGACUUACUCCUUGAGGGGUUUAAUAACUACAGAUUCCUAUCCAAUGGCUACAUCCCUAUUCCUGGUCAGCAAGACAAGGAUAAUUUUCAGGAGACUAUGGAAGCAAUGCAUAUCAUGGGAUUUUCUCAUGAUGAAAUCUUGGCUAUGUUGAAAGUAGUCUCGUCAGUACUACAGUUUGGUAACAUAUCCUUCAAGAAGGAACGAAACACUGACCAGGCAUCUAUGCCAGAAAAUACAGUUGCACAGAAACUCUGCCACCUAUUAGGAAUGAAUGUAAUGGAAUUUACUCGAGCAAUACUUACUCCACGCAUUAAAGUUGGCAGGGACUAUGUCCAGAAAGCACAAACCAAAGAACAGGCAGACUUUGCGGUGGAGGCAUUGGCAAAAGCCACAUAUGAACGCCUUUUUCGCUGGCUUGUUCAUCGUAUUAACAAAGCUCUGGAUAGGACCAAGAGACAGGGAGCUUCCUUCAUUGGCAUCCUGGAUAUUGCAGGAUUUGAAAUCUUUGAGUUAAACUCCUUCGAACAGCUUUGUAUCAACUACACCAAUGAGAAGCUGCAGCAGUUAUUCAAUCACACGAUGUUUAUUUUGGAGCAAGAAGAAUAUCAAAGAGAGGGCAUAGAGUGGAACUUCAUUGACUUUGGACUGGAUCUCCAACCCUGUAUUGAUUUAAUUGAAAGACCAGCAAACCCUCCUGGUGUAUUAGCUUUGCUUGAUGAAGAAUGUUGGUUUCCUAAAGCAACUGACAAGACUUUUGUGGAAAAACUGGUCCAAGAGCAAGGAACUCAUUCCAAAUUCCAAAAGCCUCGGCAGCUGAAGGACAAGGCAGACUUUUGCAUCAUUCAUUAUGCAGGCAGGGUGGACUACAAGGCAGAUGAAUGGCUUAUGAAGAACAUGGACCCUCUGAAUGACAAUGUAGCGACCCUUCUGCAUCAGUCUUCUGACAAAUUUAUUGCAGAGCUCUGGAAGGAUGAGCUUCACAUUAUUCAGAGAGCCUCUUUCUAUGACAAUGUUACUGACCUUCCUGAAUCACCAGUGGACCGUAUUGUGGGUCUAGAUCAAGUCACUGGAAUAACAGAAACAGCAUUUGGCUCAGCUUACAAGACCAAAAAGGGAAUGUUUCGUACAGUCGGACAGCUAUACAAAGAGUCGCUUACCAAACUGAUGGCUACACUCCGAAACACUAAUCCUAACUUUGUUCGAUGUAUCAUUCCAAACCAUGAAAAGAGGGCUGGAAAACUGGAUCCACACUUGGUUCUAGAUCAGCUUCGAUGUAAUGGCGUUCUAGAAGGAAUAAGGAUUUGUCGGCAAGGAUUUCCAAACAGAAUAGUAUUCCAGGAAUUUAGACAAAGGUAUGAAAUCCUGACUCCUAAUGCAAUUCCUAAGGGUUUUAUGGAUGGGAAACAAGCUUGUGAAAGAAUGAUCAGAUCAUUGGAGCUCGAUCCCAACUUGUACAGAAUUGGACAGAGCAAGAUCUUUUUCCGAGCUGGUGUUUUGGCACAUCUAGAGGAAGAAAGGGACCUGAAGAUCACAGAUAUCAUUAUCUUCUUUCAGGCAGUCUGCAGGGGAUAUCUUGCCAGAAAGGCCUUUGCUAAGAAACAGCAACAGCUGAGUGCCUUGAAAGUCCUUCAGAGAAAUUGUGCUGCCUAUCUGAAGUUAAGGCACUGGCAAUGGUGGAGAGUCUUUACAAAGGUAAAGCCUUUGCUUCAAGUUACUCGUCAGGAGGAAGAACUUCAGGCUAAAGAUGAGGAGCUGCUGAAAGUUAAAGAGAGGCAGAUAAAGGUAGAAUCAGAACUUGAGGAGAUGGAAAGGAAGCAUCAGCAGUUGCUAGAAGAAAAGAAUAUUCUGGCAGAGCAGUUGCAAGCAGAGACAGAGCUCUUUGCUGAAGCUGAAGAGAUGAGAGCCCGCCUAGCUGCUAAGAAGCAAGAAUUAGAAGAAAUCCUACAUGAUUUGGAAUCUAGGGUAGAGGAAGAGGAAGAGAGGAACCAAAUGCUACAGAAUGAAAAGAAAAAGAUGCAAACUCACAUACAGGACCUGGAGGAGCAGCUUGAUGAGGAGGAAGGGGCUCGGCAGAAGCUGCAACUUGAGAAGGUAACAGCUGAAGCCAAAAUAAAGAAGAUGGAAGAAGAAAUCUUGCUUUUAGAGGAUCAGAACUCAAAAUUUCUUAAGGAGAAGAAAUUAAUGGAGGAUAGAAUUUCAGAAUGUACUUCACAGCUGGCUGAAGAAGAGGAAAAGGCCAAAAACUUAACUAAACUCAAAAACAAACAGGAAAUGAUGAUCACAGAUCUGGAAGAACGUUUGAAAAAAGAAGAAAAAACUCGUCAAGAGCUAGAAAAAUCUAAAAGAAAACUUGAUGGAGAAACUACAGACUUACAGGACCAAAUCGCAGAGCUACAGGCCCAAAUUGAGGAGCUGAAAAUCCAGCUUGCCAAGAAGGAGGAGGAACUACAGGCUGCCAUUGCCAGAGGUGAUGAUGAAGCCGUGCAGAAGAACAACGCACUAAAACUAAUUCGUGAAUUGCAAGCUCAAAUUGCGGAGCUUCAAGAGGAUCUUGAAUCAGAAAAGGCUUCACGCAACAAGGCAGAGAAGCAAAAGAGAGACCUAAGUGAGGAGUUAGAGGCUCUGAAGACAGAAUUAGAAGACACCUUGGAUACCACUGCAGCUCAGCAAGAGCUCAGGACAAAACGUGAGCAGGAAGUUGCUGAACUGAAAAAAGCACUUGAAGAAGAAACAAAGAAUCAUGAAGUCCAAAUACAAGAUAUUAGACAACGACAUGCAACAGCCUUGGAAGAGCUCUCGGAACAGCUUGAGCAGGCUAAAAGGUUCAAGACAAAUCUUGAAAAGAACAAGCAGUGUUUGGAAACAGAUAACAAAGAACUGGCCUGCGAGGUGAAAGUGUUGCAGCAAGUUAGAUCUGAGUCCGAAUAUAAGAGGAAGAAGCUGGAUAGUCAAGUGCAGGAACUGCAGGCCAAGGUCAUUGAAGGAGAUAGGCUGAGGACAGAGUUGGCAGAAAAAACAAACAAAUUGCAGAAUGAACUAGACAAUGUUUCAAGUCUCCUAGAAGAAGCAGAGAAAAAAGGCAUAAAAUUUGCCAAAGAUGCUGCCAGUCUAGAGUCUCAGCUACAAGAUACCCAGGAGCUCUUACAAGAGGAGACCCGCCAGAAACUGAAUCUGAGUAGCAGAAUCCGGCAGUUGGAGGAGGAAAGGAACAAUCUACAAGAGCAGCAGGAAGAAGACGAGGAGGCCAGGAAGAAUUUGGAGAAACAUCUUGUUGCUUUUCAGUCUCAGCUGGCUGAUGCCAAAAAGAAGGUUGAUGAUGAUUUGGGAACUAUUGAAGGCUUGGAGGAAAAUAAGAAGAAGCUUCUGAAGGACAUGGAAAUUUUGAACCAACGUCUAGAAGAAAAGGCAAUGGCAUAUGAUAAGAUGGAGAAGACCAAGAACCGUCUUCAGCAGGAGCUGGAUGACUUAAUGGUAGACCUUGACCAUCAGCGCCAAAUCGUUUCCAAUUUGGAGAAGAAGCAGAAGAAAUUUGACCAGAUGCUGGCAGAAGAGAAGAACAUAUCUGCUCGUUAUGCGGAGGAGAGAGACCGUGCGGAGGCUGAGGCACGAGAAAAAGAGACCAAAGCACUUUCCUUGGCACGAUCCUUGGAGGAAGCCUUGGAGGCCAAGGAAGAGUUUGAGAGGCAGAACAAGCAACUUCGGGCAGACAUGGAGGACCUGAUGAGUUCCAAGGAUGACGUGGGCAAAAAUGUUCAUGAGCUGGAAAAGUCCAAGCGCACAUUAGAACAGCAAGUGGAAGAGAUGCGAACACAGUUGGAGGAGUUAGAGGAUGAGCUGCAAGCCACAGAAGACGCCAAAUUACGCCUGGAAGUAAACAUGCAAGCCAUGAAAGCACAAUUUGAAAGGGAUCUCCAGGCCAGGGAUGAGCAGAAUGAGGAAAAGAAGAGACUGUUAGUGAAACAGGUACGGGAACUGGAAGCAGAAUUGGAAGAUGAGAGGAAGCAACGGGCUUUGGCUGUAGCAUCAAAGAAAAAAAUGGAGGCAGACCUGAAAGACCUUGAAGCCCAGAUUGAGGCUGCAAACAAGGCCCGCGAUGAAGCAAUCAAGCAGCUGCGCAAACUGCAGGCACAAAUGAAAGAUUAUCAGCGUGAACUAGAAGAAGCCCGGGCAUCAAGAGAUGAAAUAUUUGCUCUGUCAAAGGAGAAUGAGAAAAAGCUCAAAGGUCUUGAAGCAGAAAUUCUUCAACUGCAAGAGGAACUUGCUGCCUCAGAGAGAGCUAGACGCCAUGCAGAGCAAGAGCGUGAUGAGCUGGCCGAUGAAAUCGCCAACAGUGCCUCUGGAAAAUCUGCCUUGCUUGAUGAAAAACGUCGCCUGGAAGCCCGAAUUGCACAGCUGGAAGAGGAACUUGAGGAGGAGCAGAGCAAUAUGGAGCUCCUCAAUGACCGUUUCCGCAAGACCACUCUCCAGGUUGACACACUAAACUCUGAGCUGGCUGCAGAACGAAGUGCUGCCCAGAAGAGUGAGAAUGCACGGCAGCAGUUAGAGCGGCACAACAAAGAGUUGAAAGCCAAGCUGCAAGAACUGGAGGGUUCAGUAAAAUCCAAGUUCAAGGCAAACAUUGCAGCCCUAGAAGCUAAGAUUGGGCAGCUAGAAGAACAGCUGGAGCAGGAAGCAAAGGAGAGGGCAGCAGCCAAUAAACUAGUACGUCGCACCGAGAAGAAGCUGAAGGAAGUCUUCAUGCAGGUGGAGGAUGAACGCCGACAUGCAGACCAGUAUAAGGAACAGAUGGAGAAAGCCAAUGCUAGGAUGAAACAGCUGAAACGCCAGCUAGAAGAGGCAGAGGAGGAGGCCACACGUGCUAAUGCUUCGCGCCGCAAGCUCCAGCGGGAGCUGGAUGAUGCCACUGAAGCCAGUGAGGGCCUUAGUAGGGAGGUCAGCACUCUGAAAAACAGGUUAAGGAGAGGGGGUCCAAUCACAUUCUCUUCUAGCCGAUCUGGGAGGCGGCAGCUGCACAUUGAAGGAGCCUCCUUGGAACUUUCAGAUGACGAUGCCGAGAGCAAGGGCAGUGAUAUCAACGAGUCUUCGGCUGCCCAAACUGAGUAAAGUGUCCAGAGGUGAUGUACAGCCAGGUCCCUACCAGUGUGACCCCCCCCCCCCCCGCCCCAUGCAGUUUGAAGAAAGGACAAUGAUUUUAUUAGUCACCAAACUGCCUUGUGGCCCUAAAACUUGCCUUAGGCAAAACGCUCGGUCAUGCAAGUCAGCUAUAGCAUAUUGCUAACUGGCUUUGCUAUGUCAUAAUCUCCUUUGGAUAUAAGUACCACAGCUUCUUAUACAUAUUAAAAUACUUCUAGUGUCUUUUAUGUUGAAGUAUCAAUUAUAAGCCCACUCUCUAAGGCACCAGGUGAUAGGAUGGUGCUCUUCUGUCCUUUCUACUAAGCCAUUCCCAGGCUGAAAUUCCUGGCAGCUGACUCUGCCUUUUUUCUAUGCAUGCUUAGUGGUGCAGCAGUGGCACUCCGUUCUUUGGGUGGGCUGAGUCCUGCUCAUUUGCAGGGUCUAAUGCUCCUUUUUCCCUGUCAUUUUAUGACUGACUCGAUUCAUUGACUGUGAAAAUGCCCCAUCGGGCUUCGGGGGAAACCUGUGUUUGAGUGUAGCAUCACAACCUGCUAGUUGUUUGUGCUAAUAAUGAACACUGGCCUGUUAUGGGUAAUUCUGUAUCCUUUUCCUUCCAGACUUAGUACUAUGUUCUGGCUGAGUGACUAAGUAACUGGAUGCUGAUUGUUUUCUACUGUUUAUAGAACUCAGUGCAAACUUUGUAGCCUCAGCAUGGAAAUGACUCUCCAUUGUUGGAAAUGGCUUUUUUUCUGAAGUGCUGGGGGCAUCAGUAGUUAGUAGCUUAAUGCUGAAACUCUUGCCAGCAAUCUUGGUACCCAACAGUGUUUCUUCAAGAGGACUGUAUUUUGUAAAGGGAAACACCCUUGGAGCUGUCCUCCUCCUCCUUUUACCUUCAUCUAGACAGUGUUACGUGAGUCUACCUAGUAUCCUUUUGUUUCAUAGCUGAGAACUGACAUUUACAGAAAGUGCCUUAGAUACUACAGUUCUAAGACAAUGUGACAUAUAUAAUUUGCCUAUAACAAAUGAUUUAAUGUAUUAAAAUUUGUUCUCCGUAUCAUGUUGCUACUCUUCUAGUCCAAGUGGUAUUAUUAAUAUUCCGUGGUAAGGAUGAAUCAGUGUUAACUAUGAAAUCUUGAUCUCUUGCAACAUGCUUGAAAAAUAUCUUUGGUUGAAAGCUUUAACAUAUGUUACAAAGCUUUUGUUCUUGUGCACUUGGGUAUUUCUUAAUCAUAACUGGCUCUUGAUCACCAGGCAUCUGACUGCAAAUACCUUGUUUCUUUGUAUUCCCAUAUUUCUAGACAAUGAUUUUUGUAAGACAAUAAAUUUAUUCAUUCUAGAGACUCA